AUUUCCUUCAUCUUUGACGCCGUUUUCUUCCAUCAAUUGCUAUUAUUUUCUGCCGAGAGUCACUGUUCGAUUCUCGACAGAGUGAGAGCAACCAGCAACUGGGGACAUGAGCUAUCCUGGGCAUGAAAGAGUAGAUGAUCUAGAUCCGGGAUUCAGACCGGGAAAGCACUACCUGAGUCGGUGGCUGUGACGAAUGUCGUGGGAAUGAAAUUUAUCCUGACGAGCUGUCACGCAGUCCCCUCAGCUAGCUCACUACUUCCAUAAUCCAUUUACUCCCUUCCCCCUCCGCUCCCUUUUGACCCUUCACCAUGUCUCAUGCUGACCACACAAGAGAUCCAUGCCCAUGGGUCAUAUUGAAUGACUUUGGAGGCGCAUUUGCUAUGGGCGCUGUCGGUGGCGGUAUAUGGCACGGUAUCAAGGGCGCACGAAACUCCCCUAGGGGCGAACGUUUGGUCGGUGCCAUAUCUACUAUAAAAGCACGUGCCCCAGUCACGGGUGGUAACUUCGGCGUUUGGGGAGGCAUGUUCUCCACUUUCGAUUGUGCUGUGAAAGGUUGGCGGCAAAAAGAGGAUGCUUGGAACGCUAUUAUUUCGGGGUUUAUGACGGGUGGAUGUUUGGCUGCACGAAGUGGUCCAAAAUCGGCUUUAGGAUCUGCAAUUGCGUGUGGUAUCCUUUUGGGUGUAUUCGAGGGCGUCGGUGUCCUUCUCUCCCGUGUGUUCAGCGAGGGUACACGACCACAGCUUCCGCAACUACCGGACACUAUCCAGCCACAACCCUCAGGACACUAGCUCCAUACCUGCCUCACAAUCUAUAUUACGAUAGACGUCUCACUCUGCCCUACAGCCCACUUACCCUCUUCAUUGUAUAUUCGCACUGCAAUGCAAUGCAUAGUACUGAAUCUACUAAUCGUCAGACUCGAUAUGAUCUAUUGCCAUCAGACUCU